GAGCUGAAUGGCCUCCGUUGUUGCAGUGAAAACUGAGAAGCGACCUGCAGCUGAUUCUCAGGAUGCAGACUCAAAUGCAAAAAAACCAAGGAAACUCCUGCCCAGCUUGAAGACAAAGCGAGCCCCUGAGCUUGUCCUUGUGAUUGGCACAGGGGUAAGCUCUGCAGUGGCCCCUCAGGUCCCUGCUCGCUCCUGGAAAGGCCUCAUCCAGGCCUUGCUUGAUGCAGCAAAUGACUUUGACCUACUAGAGGAGGAAGAGAGUCGGCGUUUCCAGAAGCACAUGCAAGAAGAUAAUUUAGUGCAUGUGGCCCAUGACCUCAUUCAGAAACUUUCCCCGAGAACUGGGAACGUGCGAUCAACAUUUUUCAAGGACUGUCUAUACGAGGUGUUUGACGAUUUGGAGUGCAAGAUGGAGCACGCGGGGAAACAUUUACUGCGCUCUGUGCUGCAGUUGAUGGAGAGUGGAGCCCUGGUCCUCACUACUAACUUUGACAACCUGUUGGAGAUCUAUGCUGCUCACCAGGACACCAAGCUGGAGUCUCUGGACCUGACGGAUGAAAAGAAGGUAUUGGAGUGGGCUCAGGAGAAACGGAGGUUAAGUGUUUUGCAUAUCCACGGCGUUUACACCAACCCCAGUGGUAUUGUGCUGCACCCUGCUGGCUACCAGAAUGUACUGAGGAACACUGAGGUCAUGCGGGAGAUCCAGAAGCUCUACGAGACCAAAUCCUUUGUUUUUCUGGGCUGCGGCCGUACGGUGGACGACACCACCUUCCAGGCUCUUUUCUUGGAGGCGGUCAAGCACAAGUCGGACCUGGAGCACUUCAUGCUGGUGCGGCGCGAGGACGUGGGCGAGUUCAAGAAGCUGCGGGACAACAUGCUGGACAAGGGCAUCAAAGUCAUCUCCUAUGGAGACGAGUACGCUGACCUGCCUGAGUACUUUGAGAGGCUAGCCAAUGAAAUCUGCAACAGAGACGUGUCCACCAACGGCUGGGGCUCUCCCUCACAAAAUGGGGAAGAACAGCAGAACGGAUUCAACACACAGAAGAGCCUUCUUCAAGGUUAGGACUGAAUGCUCCUCUUUGGCUUCAGGCAGUGGCAACUUCCAAGAAACAUUUCCAGAGUAAAACAAUAAAGCUCUGUCAUGAC